GUGCUGUGGAUAGCGCCGAUGUGAACGGUUGGACCUCUCUGCACUGGGCUUCUUAUUUUGGGAGACCACCAGUGGUCAAGUUGCUUCUUAAUUACAGAGCAAAUGUCAACCUCCGGACGAAGACAAAUGCCACGGCCUUGAUACUUGGCGCCGCAAAUGGCUCCUUAGAAGUCUCUCAGCUGCUCGUCGAUGCCAACAGCGACGUCAAUGCUCAGGAUAAAGAUGGUUACUCUGCUCUGAUCUUAGCCGCUGGUAAAGGCAACUUGGCCGUUGUUGAACUUAUGCUGAACAAUAGUGCUGAUGUCACUCUGAAAACGAAAACAGAACAAACAGCCUUCCUGUUGGCUGCCAUGGGGAACUAUGUGGAUGUCCAGAAAGCACUGGUUGCUGCAGGAGCCAACGUCAAUGACGAGGACUUUACGGGAAACACGGCUCUCAUUUUGGCAUCGAAGGCUGGUUACACGGAGACAGUGGAAUAUCUCCUCUCGCAGAACGCAGACGUCCAUCUUCGAUCCAACUCAAACGACACCGCGCUCAUGUGGGCAGCCUUUGGCAAUCAUCUCGAAAUCGCCAAGAUGCUGAUCGGAGCUGGUAUUGACGUCAAUGCGGGAGAUUACCAAGGCUGGACAGCUCUCAUGGGAGCUUCUGCCCAAGGUCACGUCGAAAUGGUCAAACUACUCCUGGGAAAUAACGCUAACCCGAGCCAACAGAACAUCUUGGGACACACUGCUCUGACCUUGUCGUCCGCUGUGGGCAAUGAGGACGUAUCAGAUAUUUUAAGCAGCAGCGAUGUAGCUUUGAUAAACCAACCAGAUAACAAAGGUAUGACGCCCUUCGUGCAGGCCACGGCCAACAACCAUACCUACGCCUUCAGGGUCCUCGCUUACAAGUGCCCAAAUAUCUCCAUAUCUGACAACGCAGGUAAAACAGCGAUGGACUAUGCCAUACAGUUUGGGAAUCAGUAUAUGAUAAACCUGCUGACUGUUAUGGCAAACCCGACGUGUUACCGAUUUGAUAUGGAGUACCAGCACAACGAUACCAUCUACCAGAACUGCGAGCGCCUCAUCUGCCAUUGUACUGGAGUUUGGAAGUCCACGGGAAUAAUGGACGUGGAAUGUGGCAAAACCGAGAUACAGAUACUGGCGAUGCAGAGAGCGGUCAGAGAUAUAGCAAUCGAGCAGGCUUCGAGAAUUACGAGCUGAAGAAAGAAAGAUGUCCAUGCGAUCCCUUUAUCCACUUUUUACCCCCCUACCAAUUUGGAGCGUUGGACCACCUUCCGUUCGAGACCCCUUGGUCUCCGUUAUUGUUUUGAAAUCCAGAAAUCCAGAAUUCCAGAGGAAUGCUAAAUCCUAUUGGUAUUUUAUUUGCAUCAGAGGCUUUUUCUUUAUUUUGUUAUGUAGUAUUUAGAGAUAAACAUUGUCAAGUUGCUUUACUUAUUUAUUUUUUGAGGUUAUAAUUAGUACUCCUGUCAACUACUUACUUUUUCCAAUAUAAGAGAUAUGUAGUAUUUAGAGAUAAACAUUGUCAAGUUGCUUUACUUAUUCAUUUUUUGAGGUUAUAAUUAGUACUCCUGUCAACUACUUACUUUUUCCAAUAUAAGAGAUAUGUAGUAUUUAGAGAUAAACAUUGUCAAGUUGCUUUACUUAUUCAUUUUUUGAGGUUAUAAUUAGUACUCCUGUCAACUACUUACUUUUUCC